UUCGGGCGAGAGCUGUAGUUGCACUUGGACACAUGUUACGAGAGUUAACUCGAAACCCAGCGGACCGCAAGAGGGGAGUCUCUGCAGAUUCGUGUUUUUCUUCCGACUCGCUUCCAGCACUGGUCUGACGGUGAAGAUCACCGAAAUGUCUCCCUUCCUCCGCAUUGGUUUCUCCAGUUUUGACAUCGGACCUCCACAGCCGGCAGAAGACAUCCAGAACCCUUACUGUGCAGUGAUUGUGAAAGAAAUAGUGGACACAGAGAAGGGUCAGAUCUUCAUGCAGAAGAAGCCCACCAUGUACCCCCCCUGGAACAGCACCUUCGAUGCCCACAUCAACAAGGGCCGCGUCAUGCACAUUGUCAUCAAGGACAAAACAGUGGAGCUGAUCUCUGAGACCACGGUGGAACUGAAUUCCCUGGCUGAGAAAUGUAAACGCAACCAAGGAAAAGCUGAUGUCUGGUUGGAUUUGAAGCCGCGGGGCCGGAUGCUAAUGAGCGUGAAGUACUUCCUGGAGCAAAGUGAAAACAAGGAGAAUGGGGAAAGUGAAACUGAAGGCUUGUUCGCUCUGCGCCAACGAAGAGGAGCCAUCAAACAGGCCAAAGUUCACAAUGUCAAGUGUCACGAGUUCAUCGCCACCUUCUUCCCACAGCCCACCUUCUGUUCCGUCUGCCACGAGUUUGUUUGGGGGCUGAAUAAACAAGGAUACCAGUGCAGACAGUGCAAUGCUGCGAUUCACAAGAAGUGCAUUGAUAAGAUCAUCGCCAAGUGCACAGGGUCUGCUGUGAACAGCAGGGAGACAAUUUUUCACAAGGAGAGGUUUAAAAUUGACAUGCCGCACAGGUUUAAAGUCUACAACUACAAGAGCCCAACUUUCUGUGAGCACUGUGGAACGCUACUCUGGGGCCUUGCAAGGCAAGGGUUAAAGUGCGAAGAAUGUGGAAUGAACGUCCACCACAAGUGUCAGAACAAAGUGGCCAACCUGUGCGGGGUGAAUCAGAAGAUGAUGGCUGAGGCCUUGGCCCAGAUAGAGAGUGAACAACAGGCCCGCACUCUGCGUGACAACGAGUACAUAAGUCGAGAAGGACCUAUUAGUGUUUUCAAGAAACCAGCGGACGCUCAGCAGACUGUAACUUCUGUGAAAGAGGUGCAAGGUAUCAGCUGGGAAACACCAACAGAAGAGGGAGAGAGCAGUCCCCCAGACUCUCCCAUCUACGAAGAACCACCCGGGGCCGACCAGCGAAAGUUUGCCAUCGAUGACUUCACCCUGCACAAAAUGUUGGGGAAAGGCAGCUUUGGAAAGGUCUUUCUCGCAGAGCUAAAGGGCAAGAAUCAGUUCUUUGCCAUCAAGGCGCUAAAGAAGGACGUGGUGCUGAUGGACGACGACGUGGAAUGCACCAUGGUCGAGAAACGGGUUCUGUCUCUUGCUUGGGAACAUCCGUUUCUCACACAUCUCUACUGCACAUUCCAAACAAAGGAGAACCUGUUCUUUGUAAUGGAGUAUCUGAAUGGUGGGGACCUGAUGUUUCACAUCCAAAGCUGCCAGAAGUUUGAGGUGCCAAGGGCAACAUUUUAUGCCGCUGAAAUCAUCUGUGGUCUCCAGUUUCUUCAUUCCAGGGGCAUCAUAUACAGGGACCUGAAGUUGGACAACGUUCUGCUCGACGGAGACGGCCACAUUAAAAUCGCAGAUUUUGGCAUGUGUAAGGAGAACAUUCUCAACGAUGCACGGACCAGCACGUUCUGUGGAACACCUGACUAUAUAGCACCGGAGAUCCUACUUGGACAGAAGUAUAGCAUGUCAGUGGAUUGGUGGUCUUUUGGGGUUCUUCUCUACGAGAUGCUGAUUGGCCAGUCACCAUUCCACGGUGGGGAUGAAGAUGAACUUUUCCAAUCCAUCCGCACAGAUGAUCCCAUCUACCCACGCAGUAUGGGCAAGGAAGCCAAGGACAUCCUAGUCAGGCUCUUUGUCAGGGAGCCCGAGAGAAGAUUGGGAAUAAAGGGGAAUAUUCGUCAACAUUCCUUUUUCCGGGAUAUUAACUGGCAGGCGCUGGAAAACAGGGAGGUGGAACCGCCAUUCAAACCUACUGUGAAAUCAACAAGUGACUGCAGCAACUUUGACAAGGAAUUCUUGAACGAGAAGCCAAGACUGUCGUGUGCAGACAGGACCCUCAUCAACAGUAUGGAUCAAAACAUGUUCAACAAUUUCUCCUUCACCAACCCCAAGAUGGAGAGAAUGCUUUGAUGAAGAUUAAAUGAUCUCAUAGAAUAUCUUACUUCUGUAACACUGAAGAGUUUGAAGUUCUCUGUUCACACUUGAAGACAGCAUGCUCUUGGAAUCAGUUGUUGCAAGGUUCUGUGUUGAACAUGUGGCAUGAAUUAGUGGUAUCACAUUUGUUAAAUAUACCCAAGUGUACCUGGACACGUGCAUUGGAACCCAUUUUGUGAGCACAUCAUCCCUAGUAUCCGAGAAGACAAGCUAACUGUUUGUUAGACUAAACCUACAAGAUACUUGUAUCUAAUCAUGGUGUCUAUAAUCUUCAAGCGUAGUUAUUGAAGGACUGGGCUAUCACUGCAUGUAGAAAUGUUUGGUUUUUGAUUUUGUGUUUAAAAGUAUUCAUGUGGACACGCUAUGAGGCAGGACUGCUGUUUCUGGGAAGGCGUUUCCUCAUUUUUGAGCUGUGGGCAUGUGGCAAUGCUUCCUCCCAAGUGUUAUGCUAAACUUAUGCCAAAGUCAUCAACAUAGUUCACAAGGUUGUGUCUGAGCUGGCAGACCAACAAUACAAACUGUGCACAGGUCUCUAUGAACUGGAGCGGGAGUUUCUAAUUGGUGUGGGUGGACCCACUACAUGUCACAGUGAUUGUCCUUGCUGAGUCAGCAAAAUGAAAAGCUUGGCAGCAUUUACCACCCUGACCUCAACACACCAGAUCUGUUUCCAGUAACUCAACCUCCAUCCCCACUGGUAUCCUGUUCAACCAAAUGUUUGUGUCAGGAUCUCUCCUUCAGCUGGCUUUGUUUGUGCGUGUGUAUGAGAUGCAGAGGUACAGAAUGUGUUUACGUGGUUUGGAGAUCUACGUGUGCGUGUGUGUGUUACAUGCAUGUGGGAUUUCAUGCAUGUAUGUGUGCAUGAUGUGUGCUUGUUUGUGAUGCAGAUGUAUGUGUUUAUGUGGUGUAGAAGUGUGUGUGUGUGUAUGUGACUGUGAGGGAGAGUGUGUUGUGUGAGGUGUGUGUGCGUGAUUGUAUGUCUGUGUGGUGGGUUGUGCUGGUAUUUCCACAUGUGUAUGGUGUAGUGAGGGGGGACAAUUGGAUUUGUGUGUGUUUGUGUAGAGUGUGUUGCUCUGUGUGAUAUGGUGUAAGAGAUGUGUGUGUCUAGUAUAGAAGUAACUGCGGGUAUCUAUAAGUCUGUGUUAUAGAAACUCAUGGGGGGUGUUUGUGUAGUAUAGAAGUGCAUGUUGUUGAAGUGUUUGGGGUAUUAUUUGCAUGGGUUGUGUUGGUGUGCCCUGUACACGUGAAGUCUCUGUGUUUCAUGGGUAUUCUACUAGUGGGGUGGAUAAUCAGUUAGUUAUGAUGAGCUGUGACUGGCAUGGUUCUGUUAACUUCCUUCAACACUGCCCUGUCAAUGGCAAUAGAACAGGAAAAUUCACGGGGGCCAUUCUAGCGAUCGAGAUUGGAUGGAGUCCGAAAGUUUGAAAAGAAGUCCAAGCGUGUUGACAUUCUGUAGUCGGCUUUUCCAAUGAGUCAAGCACUGGAAAUAUAUACGGAGUUAAGUAAAAAGAGAAACGUAUGUACUGAGCAUUAGCUUGAAAAGGGGGAUGUAAUUGGGAUCAUCCUGUGUAGGCGUCUGGCUUUCCAUGAACUUGAGUUUCAGGCACGCUAUAAAAAAGAGUCAUGGACAAUAGUUCAAUCAAGUUUUCUUACAAACUCAGUCUUACUCUGGUGAGAGUUAUUUAGGUCAUAACUUCAUCAUUAUACUGCAAAUUUUCUUUUAUUAGUUUCAAUAAUUUUUUGCUGAAUUGUCCCCCAAACUCCAGGCCCAGACAUUCCACCUCACUUGCCACAGUGAUGAACUCACCUUCCACACACAGCCCUCUUCUGCCCCACGUCAAAUAACCCACUGGCAUCACUACCCAGAGUGCCCCAGGAGGACUGUAAUCGUAAAUUGUCAUCAAGCAUAAGAUCAGGAUCCUGGUCGAGACACGUGAUUAUAGCAGAGAGGUGGAGGGAGGUAACUCCAGAUCUUGGGGCGGAUGGCUAAAGGCAUGGCCGGUUGUUGUGGAGCAAGCGAAAUCAAGGAUGAUCUAGAGGACAGAAUUUACAGGGUGCAGAGAUCUUGGAGCAUGACAGGACUCAGGGCAUUCCGGAGUUCAGAGUUCAAUUCCAGCGCUGUCUGUAAGAAGUUUGUACGUUCUCUCCGUGAACCAUGUUGGCUUCCUCCGGGUGCUCCAGUAUCCUCCCGGAGCUGAAAGACAUGCUGGUUAGUAGGUUGAUUGGCCAUUGUAAAUUGUCCUGCAGUUAGACUAGGGUUAAAUAAGUGGGUUGUUGGGCGGUGAGGCUCGAUGGGCUGGAAGGUGCUGUUCUGCACUGUAUCUCUAAAUAAUAACAACUGGGCGAGAUUGCAGAGAUUGAGGUGGUGAGAUCAGAUCAACUAACUUUGUAGAGGGAUUUGAAAGCAAGGCUGAGAAUUUUACAAUCAAAGUCGAGCUUAAUUCAGUGCCAGCAGAGAUUAAUACAAAUCCUUAUUAAUGUUUUUUUUCCUUUUUCCGAUCUAUGGGUAUUCAGAAGACAAACAAACUGCUUGGUUUUUCUCAAUUCUCCUCCUCCCCUUCUUUCCACCCUUAUUACAGAUCUCAACUUCAGGAUAUUCAAGAAAAGUAAAGGCUCUUUUCUAGGAGGCAUUGCUUAAUAAGACCAUGAGAUAUAGGAGCAGAAUUGGGCCAUUUGGCCCAUCAAGUCUAUGUCAUUCUAUCAUAGCUGAUUUAGUAUCCUCUCAACUCCAUUCCCCUGCCUUCUUCUGUAACCUUUGAAACCCUAACUAAUCAAGAACCUAUCAACCAUCGACUCAUCUUCCACAGCCAUCCUUGGCCAUGAAUUUCAGUGAUCCACCAUCCUCUGGCUAAAGGGUCUACACCACCAGAUCUGCAUUCGUUUAAAGGAAUACCCUCAGCUUAGUACAAAGAAAUGACAGCACAGUGCAGGCCCUUCGCUUCACGAUGUUGAGUUGACCCUACUCUAAGAUAAAUCUAAGCUUUCCUUUCCAUAUAGCCCUCCAUUGUUCUUUCAUCCAUGUCACUUAAAUGUCUGGCAUGUAUCUGCCUUUGCCCCCACCCCUUGCAGCAUGUUCCAUUCGCCCACCACUCUCUGUGUAAAAACAAACUACCUCUGACAUCCAGCUUUCCUCUAAUGACAAAAUUAUGCCCUCUUGUAUCGGGCAUCUCUGCCCUGGGAAAAAGGCACUGGCUGUCCACUCUCUGCCUCUGUCAAGUCACCACCUCCUUCUCUCCAAAGAGAAAAGUUCCAGCUUAUUAAGAUUGUCCUUAUAAGGCAUACUCUCUAAAUCAGGCAGCAUCCUGGAAAAUCUCCUCUGCACCCUGCUUAAAGCUUUCACAUCCUUCCUCUAGUGAGUCAACCAGAACUGAACUUGGGCAGGCUAAGUCAGGAAAGACUGCUAUUGUUAGUACGUUUCAUUCUUGGAUCACUGUUGACUGAGCCUUCUGUAGACAGAAUGAAUUUGCAAGGAGUCUGGUUUAUCUUCAGAGCAACCUUCAUCUUUAUGACAAGCUGAUGCUGACAGUAAGAAAUGGUAUUACAUUAAUGAAAGCUUUGGCUUGUGGGAGCAUUCGUACCAGGACAAGUGACUACCCUGUCAACGUCAACUUGUAAUAAAGAAAAAGGUUCACUUCCAGCAACUGAGAUGUGUUAUCUUGUUCUGGAAUUAGAAUUCCAAUGUGCAAAGCAAGGUAAUGUAAUGGGAAAACUUACAGAAGCAUGAGGGUGAAUCGGAUGGAAUAGGGCUAAUUGGAGAUCUUUGUCAAAGAGGGAAGAUGCAAUGUUCUGUGUACUGCGAUACCAAGAGGUCUCCAAGCGAUGCACCAAUGUUGGAAGCUUUCAGUGGUCUGAUUGUAUUAACCUGGAGAGAGUAAAAAAGAUUCAGAUACCUUAAUGAGCAAACUGUGCAAAGUAAUUAUUGUUUGUGUCACUAAAUCUGCAAAAAGUUGCAGAAAAGGAAUUUCCUCUGUUAAUGUUUUUUUUGGACAUUUGACACUUUUGAAAUACUAAUAUACUUGAUUUCUAUUAACACAAAAUUUCAACACGGGUGCAAGUCAUAACUUUUUCCGAGACCAUCUGUUUUGAAUCCAUUUGGAUUUGAUUAGAAUGGAAAUGCAGCAAGUUAUGAGACAUUAUGUGAUUUUGGAGGUUAUCUCUGUAGUUCCAUUAGGGCAACAAAAGGAAUAUUAAAGGACUUUAUUGAGUCAUAUAUUCUACUUGUGGAUUCAAAAGCUAUCUUUUUAAAUAUAUUGGUUAGAUAUUAACGUCCCUGGCAUUAUAUUGCCUUGGUCAAAGACCACAAGAGGUGCACCAUGGGAUUGAAUAGGUCUGAGGUAUUAAAUGAAGGUAUUAUAAUGUGCCACAAUUCAGUUUGUUCUGAAACAAAGUAGAAAUUUUUAGAUGGGUUAUGAGAUGUUAAAAUGCCGUGCUGAAGGCAUUACACACCAAGGUUGAAGUCACACUUCAAAAUACAGUACAGCAGAAUCUAGUUAGACUGUGAAUUGUAACUGUUCCCGUGCUCUCUGGAGGGGAAAAGCAAAGGUCAGGGGUUUCAAUAAAAUCAUGAGCCACCGCUGACUGCUCACUCUAAUAACCUAAGAAAUAACAUUUUGGAAAUCUCAAUUAAAUUUAUAACUUAAAAAAAAAUCUCAUAACACAAAGCUGCAUAUAUUUUUGUGUAAAUAUAUCUGCAGUUAAAUUCUCCAUCUGAAACUCUUUUCUUCUUUGUCUAGGGUUAUUUGUUACAGACACUUGGUCUUUAAUAUAUAAAAGGGCAUUCCAGCCUCCAUCACUGGCAUUCUGCAUGCUCAUAUCUUGCACUUGCAUUCACCCCUAACAGUGAAGUGUCGAUGUUGUAUGAUAUAAUUACAUCAGGUGUAUAAUUACCUCAAUAGACUUGUACAAACUAAAAUUGUGUUGGAAAAUGAUAAUAACGCCUACCUGUGUUUCUUGAUUUGUAUAUUUGUCCUGGUUUUGAAUUGAUUUGACUUUAUUUCUUACA